CUUUAAAAGGUGACUCUAAACGUAAACCGUUGUACGUUACCAAAAGUUCAAGCUCAAGUUCUGAUACUCAACUUCAAGAGCCAGUUCAAUCAGCUCAAUUUCAAGAACAUCACGAUGCUACCAUUCAACUUUAUAAAUCUGAUUUGGCAAAAUAUCGAGAAUUAUGGUGGGAUCAAGGGAAUAUUCACCCCAACGCACAUUGGGAUGAAGCUUCUAAUGUUGAUUGGGAGAAAUAUACAGAGCGAACUGACUUCUUUAAUGUACAUGGAAGUUGGGAGUGGAUAGACGGGAAUGUUUACGUUUAUGAAUUGCCUUUAGGACCUCAUGAGACUUGUUCUAGAGUAAUUGAAAGAUUGAUUUGUUUGAAAGACCCAGAAAUGAUGCUUAUUAAUUUAGGAUCUACGCGAACAAAGGCCGGUGGUAGGGGAAAAGAAGCAGAUGAAUCUUUUGUACCAAAAGGCAAACCUGGAGUAAAUUCAAAUGGACGUGAAGGCCUUCAUUCUCCCAAUCUUGCAAUAGAAGUCGCCUUCUCAGAAACUGAAGACCAUUUAUUAAGUGCAAUAAAAAAUUAUUGGCUCUAUCCAGGUAGAGCUCAUGAUGCAAUUGCAGUAAAAUUAGUACGAUCUGAUACAAUUAUUUCAAAAAUUAAAAUAUGGCAUUUUUGCACAGAUGACAGAACACCAAUGGGGCACUUAGUACCAGUUUCGGAAUUUGAAUUUGAAACCGUUGAUGAUAACGACCAAAUUCUUAUUGAGCCUCAACAAUAUAAGAUUAAUAUUAAAUUAGAAUGCCUCUUUCAUGGAAUGUCAUCAACUUUUCAAACACCUUUAUCAAUUCCUAAUCCUCUUACCAUAGAUUUUUAUCAUGUUUUAUGUGCUAUGGAAGAGGAACUUAGGAUUUCAUAA